AUGGUUGGUAUCAAAUUUUUGCAAAUGAAAGUAAAAUGGUUAAAGUUUGCUGUCAGUUUGAUUCUGCGCAUGUUUGGACAUUGGUUAUGUUAUACAGCUUUAAAUUACGUGCUCGAUAUGAAUAUGAACCAUUUUACAAAAAACUUUCCUCGAAAUGAAACAAAUGAAACAUGGGAAGAUCACAGACUUUCAUUUGAUGCAAUGAUGAGUAUAAAAGAAGGCGGAAACACGUUAUGGCGUAUCACGUGCUCAUACGGUGACAAAGACUGGAAUAAAACAGAUUUGGUUGUUGCAACCCAUGAAAAAGUACCAAUUUUGGAACAGAAAAAUAACGCUGCCGUUUGCCUAAAUGUCAGUUUUAUCGAUAUCAAAGGCUACAACUGUACAAAUUGCAGCAUUCCUUUCUGGCAAGAUGACGAACAUAUUUUUCAUACAGACAAUACCCAUGUUAAAUAUAUAUGCAAUCUGAAGAAUUUCCAAUCAUCAGGCUGUAGCAAUAGUGAUGGUUAUAGAGGAGAAGAUAAUUUUGGAUAUUAUGUUUGCUAUGUAACUACACAUCGUUGUGCGUCAUCAGAUAAUGCCACAACACAAUUAUGGUUUGGUGAACACAUAAAUUCGAACUGA